GCUUCUUCAGCACUUGGCAUUAGAACAUUGGCCACCGGCAGUUCAGCGUUCAGUACAAGUUGUCGCAUCGUCGAGUUCGAAAGUGGUUUUUGCGUGGCUUAGACUGGCUAGUUUGGCUAAAUAGAAUUUCUUCGAUUCUUCAACCAAAUGCUUGUGGGCGCGUAAUAUUUCCGAGUUGAAAUUGCUGUUGUUGCUGUGAAGUCAAUUAAUAUUCGCACAAUGUACGCCUGCGGACUAAGCAAGUGUGUACAAAUCCGCUUUGCUGUUGUUGCAGUUGUUCUUUUUCUGCUCUGCCUAAAAGCACACCACAACAAUGCGGCGCCAACAACCGAUCGCAGCUUUGUAUACGCCAAGACACAGGCUAUAAAGAAGUCUGGUGGCAAUCCGGAUACAAGCUCUUAUUUUCGACGCGAUCCAUAUGGCGCCAACACAUAUGCAUUCGGUUUUGAGAUUAACGACAAUCGCACCGGCAACAUACAGUUCCGCGAUGAGCGACGCUAUGUGAACGGCAGCGUAGAGGGUUCAUAUGGUCACGUGCGUCCCGAUGGGCGUGUCAUUGUCACACACUUUCUCUCGGACAAUGAACGCGGCUUUUUGCAUGAGACACGCACCUUUGAGUCAGGUGACAACCAGCAAUGGCAAGCGCAUUGGCCCACUAAACGACCGAGUAUACUGAUGCAACGACCACCGGAUAUGCCCACCGGUGCUGUGGUGUACGAUAAGGAUCUGCAUUUGAAUGUGACUAACAGCAAAGUGCCAGAGCAGUUGGCGAGCGCGCUCAAUGAGCAGCAUGCCAUCGUUGUGAAUCCAGCUGCGCAUGCAGAGUAUCCAAUGGGAGAUUUGUCAAUACAGGAUAUUAUCGACGGCAAGGUGCCGCUAGAGACGAAGCCGGGUAAAGACGUGACGAGCAUCGGCUUUGAGACGGUGCAUAACCGAUUGCCAUCCGAUUUUUCAAUUAUACCCUUUAUAUUGCCACCAAUGUUGGGUAAUCUCAGCGAAGAACAAACGGAUCAAAAGAAUUCAAAGGAUACAAAGUUGGCAGAAACGAAGAGGCAACAGAAUCAGAAUAAAUAUAAUGAAGCGAAAGUGAAUAAUUCAGAGAAAUCCGUAAAUGUGCAAGUGCUUGAAAAGAGUGCUGGAAAUAACACGAAGAUUGCCGAGUCAACUAAAGCGGUUGUAAUGACUACUAAAGCCAGCAAUAACAACAGCGAACAAAUGGUCACCGAGCAGCCAACAGCUUUGACCGAAGAUUUGCCGAAUUUGGUGGGAGUUAAUGGCACUUGGUAUCAGCAACUAAUCGAUCAGUCCAGAAAUGAGUUUCUCAGCAAUUUACCGAAUAAAAAGUAAAGUGGAGAAUAUGAAUGGAAUAUAGAUAUGUAUGAGGUUUUAUAUACUUUCAGUCACAUAUAUUAUAUGUAGGUAUAUAUUAAGUUAAUAAAUAUGUAAAGCUGAAAUCAUUAAUAAUAACGUCUGCCAAAGUUUAUAGGCGACUAAUUUCAUUUUAUAA